UUUAAAUGAAAAUGAAGUUGGUGAAGGUGUUCCUAAUUAUCUUCCAAUAUGGUUCUUGGCAUGCUAUGGAUCACGAAAACAAGGUGUAGUUUCAAAAGAACCAAUUAUAGAUGAAUAUGUUGUAGAUAAAGUUUGUGUGAAGGAAAAGAAUGAUAACAGAAGGAUGAAUGAUGUUACAAACAUGAGAAGUAUAAUAAAUGUAGUGGAGGAAGAUAAAACGAAGAAUAGAAUGAAA